UUAUAAAAUAUAGUUUUAAUCAUGCAUUGACUGUGAUGGGGAGUUAGUAUUAUUAAGAACUAGAGAGCAAGUCAUGUGGUUAAUUUUUGAAAAGGGAACAUUAUCGUUUAGAUUCAGAAAUCUGAUUUGGAAUCAAAGCACUCCCUCCUCUCCCCCUCUCUGUCUAUCUGAGAAGACAAUCUUAGUUGUGAAACCCAGGAGAUCGAGGUUAAACUCAGUUUUUAUAUAUACAGCUGGGAAAUGAAAAUUCACUGAAGCCACUUUUUAGCAUGUUGCCACUUCUCAGAUUUCUGAAUCACAUGUAAAGUGAGCAGCACACUUUACAAAACAGACAUAUUGAAGAUGCAUAUCAAGGAAGCAGAAAGGGUGGUCAUUGCCAAACCAGUUGCAUCAAGGCCAACUUGUUCUACUUUCAAAUCUUUCUCAGAGCUCCUAGCAGGUGCAAUCAAUGCUUCUCCCGCUAUUCCAUCUUCUCAAACAACAGUUUCUGCCAUUAGACCAAAGACAGUGAGGUUCAAGCCAGCAAUGAAUCAACCCCCUUCUGGGUUUGUUUUUUCUCAGGCUGAUACUUUUGGAGCUGCACUUGAUAAUUCCUCUGAGAUGAGUCCUAAACUUGACACCAAACAGUCCCUCAUAUACAAGCCAACGGCAAAACUCGUAUCAAAGACAACUGUGUCUCUUUUGGCAAAUAUGGGAAAUUGCAGUACUAGUCGGCAACAAACACAGCAACCAAUGGAGGCCAAUUUUCAACAUUCCAUCCAUGAAAAAUUUAGAACCAACACGAGCUCAAAUCUUGAUCAGAGUAUUACCCCGCAAACAGAAAUAAAUUAUCAGAGCAGUGAACCUAGUAAGAUGGUGCAGCAGAACAUAGAGGAGGACCAAAAAGUUUUAACAUCCUCAGUCAAUUGUGAUCGACCUUCUUAUGAUGGUUACAACUGGAGAAAAUAUGGUCAAAAGCAAGUAAAAGGGAGCGAGUACCCGCGAAGUUACUACAAGUGCACACAUCCUAAUUGUCCAGUGAAAAAGAAGGUUGAAAGAUCAUUUGAUGGGAAUAUUGCAGAAAUUGUUUAUAAAGGUGAACACAAUCAUUCGAAGCCACAGCUUCACAAGCGAAACUCAGCAGCAGGGACACAAGGAUCAGGGGUUGUGUCUGAUGGAAUAGUUCAAGAUAUGUGGAGUAAUAGUCACAGUGAGAGGAAUGAAGGCAAUGAAGUUAGAAUUGAGAACACAGGACUGUCUAUGCAUUCAGAUUAUUAUGUCAAAGUUCCACGGCCUAAUGAUUCUGCUCUAAAUGUUGGUGCAACUAAUGCUGGUGGAGUAAGCACGGAAAACUCGUGUGGUCUAAGUGGGGAAUGUGAGGAAGGAAGCAAGGGAUUUGAGGCACAGGAAGAUGAACCCAGAUAUAAAAGAAGGAAAAAUGAGAAUCAAUCCAAUGAAGCAGCACUAUCAGAGGAAGGAUUAGUAGAGCCACGGAUUGUGAUGCAAAGUUUUAUGGAUUCUGAAAUACUUGGAGAUGGCUUUCGCUGGAGGAAAUAUGGGCAGAAGGUGGUGAAGGGCAAUCCAUAUCCCAGAAGUUACUAUAGAUGUACUAAUAUCAAAUGUAACGUUCGCAAACAUGUGGAGAGAGCCAUAGAUGACCCAAGAUCGUUUGUGACUACAUAUGAGGGAAAGCACAAUCAUGAGAUGCCACUCAAGAACACAGGAACUGUAGCAUCUGAAAGAGAUUCACAGGCUUCUCUUAGUAAAGAUAAAGCAUGAUUGACACUUCAAUUAGUUAGCAAGUAUGAUUCAAUUUCAAUGGCAUUGGCUGUCAUCAGAAAUAAUUCAGAGGAUCCAUUCCUUUUAUAUCCUAAAGUAUGCUCAGAAUAAUUGAAGUUGAUCAGAAAGAUCAAGACAUUGACAAUUUCGAAUGCAGUACCUAGCUACUGAGACUAGGAUAUUUACUUCUACAACAACUUGUUGAUAAUAACAGUAUUGGUGCUGAUAAUUUGUAUUAUAUAUGGAAUCAAGGGCACUGGCUCAGUGGCACUGCCCUUCAAUAACUUUCCAUCUCUGCUAGCUGCCUUUGUAUACCAAACCGGUAUAUUCUAUUGUCUAUCAUCAUAUAUAAAUUAAUCUGGAGUACAUAAUAUCAUAUGCUAAUAAUUUUUGUUGUAAAUCACUGGCAUCGCCAGAAAGAACCCCAAAAGACCUUUAUAAACUAUUAGCUAUGGACA